AAGUGACGAUAAAUUUGUGACGAUUUCUAUCGUAUUAUGCAAGCUUUGCUUAAGUGUUAAGUACAGUGGAACGAAAGUAAAUAAGGUGUGCGCUAUUACUGAAAUCGACCACCUUUCGUUGACCCAGACCUCUAUACUUUUAAAUAAGUUUUUACACAAUUAUUAGAUGAAGCGUGUGGGAUCGUUUGUUGGUAUAUAUAUAACAAAAAAAAUAUGUAGGGUUAGUUGAGGUGCACGCUUGAUCCAUAAGGCAACAGUAAUGUUUUCAAAGAUUUUGGCUUUCACUGCCAUUUUGGCCACUACCACUGCCAUUUCAGUCGAACAUGGAGACACCUCAUACUCAAGCUACAACCAGAACCAAAAUGCAUUCCAACAAAUCCAGUCAGCACCCUCUUUCGUGGAACCGACUCAAGCUUAUUCAGCUUCAUCCUAUUCUGAGCCUGCUUAUACAAAACUGGCUCUUUCGGUAGCUCCAGUUGUUUCAUAUUCCGCUCCAGUGGCUCAAGUUAUUGCCCCAGUUGCUAAAGUUCCUGCUCCUCACUAUUCGUCAAGUCCAGCUUACAAGGAAGAGUACGCACCAGCUAAAUAUGAAUUCGCGUACGGAAUCCAAGAUGCCCACACUGGUGACUUCCACUCCCAGCAGGAACAACGUGAUGGUGAACACGUGGUGGGACAGUACUCUCUUCAUGAAGCUGAUGGAACCGCACGCGUAGUCAAGUAUUCCGAUGAUGGGCAUGGCUUCAACGCAAUCGUAGAAAGAUCUGGAAGCCUUGCUAUAGCUCCGGUAGCAUAUAAGAAACUUGUAGUACCCGUAGCAAAAAAUGUAAUAACCGCCCCACAGGACCAUUAUUAAUUGCCAAAAAAUAGGAGCCAUUUACUUAUAUUGUAAAUUAUUUAAUUGUUAAGGAAAUACAAUUAUUAUUUGUGUGUUUGAGUAUUUAAAGCAGUUUCAUUACA